AUGAACGAACAGCCCCCCGAGCACAUGCUAGUGCCAUCGAGUGAAGUGGAAAAUGCAUACUUCACAAGGUACCCCUGGUUACCAGAAAGCUUUUUCCGAGCAGUGACACUGCCUUCAAAUUCUGACUCUGAGUGCCAGCUUACGGGAAUAAAUCUAUACCGAGCGCCCCCAGGCGGAGGGUAUCACGCUUGCUUUGCCCCGAGGGAUAAAAAUCUCGCCCGGAUUUGUGGUACAGCGACUUCACCGCAAGGUUCCAAGCAACUUAUUUCCUUCUUCCCCGCAAAAGUCUUCAAGAAGACCGUGGCUGAGGGCAUUGCACCAACCGACAAGUGCACUGCGUUCCUUUUUCACGCUCAUUGCUGGGAAGUCAUGUGUCAUAUCCAGGGGAAAGAAUCAGUCGAGCAAAGACUUCCGCAUUUGAUGCGGACUAUAGACCAGUUUUGGAGUAGCAAGCCUCCUCCCAAACGUCGCAAGACUCUUUCCAAACGCCGUUACCAUUCGGAUUCGUCAGAGGAAGAUGAGUGGGGAAGGUCUGACACGUCAGAGGAAGAUGAGUUGGAAUGGUUUGACAUCGAUGACGCCGAUGUCGAUUUCUGGACCAAGGUAGAUUUUGACAUAGAAAACGAAAGAGACUACAGGUCCAUGGGUGCUUGGACGGAAAUCUAUACCAGUCCCUGGAUUAUUCCUGAAAUCCAAGCUGCAAUAGCCGCCAAUCGAGUGAAAAAGGAAGACCACAGGGUCCCAUGCCCCGGCGGACUCCCAAAAGAAUGUUGGUUGCGGGUAUUGGGGUUUCUCUGCCCUCUUAAAUACCACGGGUAUCACAUCGAAGAUCUGCGACACUUUCUAUCUGUUUUUAUGCUGAAUGUACCAGAGUCAUUCUGGAGCGACCGGUUGAAACUCCGCGGUGAUAUUCUAUUGGAGUUGGAUAAUCUUGGAGACUUUAACGAUGAUUCUCUGGACUGGCAACCCCUGUGUCUGGAUUUGAUGGACUUGAUUUUCGGCAGUCUUCCACGCAGUGGUUUGUCAACUCGUGCACGAGUAUUGCGCAUCAUCAGGGAAAUCCUAGCAGAAUUUUAA